GUUACUUUACAGUACCACCUUUUUUUUUUCUCUCUAUAAAUACACACACAACAGAACUUGGAAGUAAAGAAAGAAGAGAAGCACACACAACUUUGAUAAUGGCUUUCUUUGUUUCUUCCAUCACUACUUUGUUCUCUCUUUUCACCAUCACUUGUAUUUCCAUUGUUAUUCUUCCACAUUGUGAUGCUUUUCCAUUACAUUACAAUCACCACCCUUUGUUGCACCCUCACCACCAUCACCCUCACAUUGCUAGUCACAAUUACAGAGAUGCCCUCACAAAAUCUAUAAUGUUCUUUGAAGGCCAGAGGUCUGGUAAGCUCCCUCCUAACCAGAGAAUGUCUUGGAGGAGAGAUUCUGGUCUCUAUGAUGGCUCAGCUCUUCAUGUUGAUUUGGUUGGAGGGUACUAUGAUGCUGGGGACAAUGUGAAGUUUGGAUUUCCAAUGGCAUUCACCAUAACCAUGUUGUCAUGGAGUGUUCUUGAGUUUGGUGGACUAAUGAAAGGAGAGUUGCAGAAUGCAAGAGAAGCAAUUCGUUGGGGCACUGAUUAUCUUCUCAAAGCUACUGCAUAUCCAAACACCAUUUUUGUUCAGGUGGGAGAUGCUAAGAAGGACCAUGCUUGUUGGGAGAGACCAGAGGACAUGGACACACCAAGAAGUGUGUUCAAGAUUGAUGCAAACAACCCUGGUUCAGAAGUGGCUGCUGAAACUGCUGCAGCUCUUGCAGCAGCUUCCCUUGUUUUCAGAAGAAGUGACCCCAUGUACUCCAAGAUUUUGGCCAGAAGGGCCAUUAAGGUCUUCCAGUUUGCUGAUAAAUAUAGAGGAUCAUACAGCAAUGCAUUGAAGCCUGUUGUGUGCCCCUAUUAUUGCUCUUACUCUGGUUAUCAGGAUGAGUUGUUGUGGGGUGCUGCUUGGUUGCACAAGGCCACCAAGAAUCCAAUGUAUCUCAACUACAUUCAAGUCAAUGGUCAGAUCCUUGGUGCUGCAGAGUAUGAUAACACUUUUGGGUGGGAUAACAAGCAUGUUGGGGCAAGGAUACUUCUUUCCAAGGAAUUUCUUGUCCAAAAGGAGCAAUCACUCCAUGACUACAAGGGGCAUGCAGACAAUUUUGUUUGUUCCUUAAUCCCUGGGUCCUCUUCUGCUGAAUAUACCCCAGGUGGACUAUUGUUCAAAAUGAGUGAUAGCAACAUGCAAUAUGUGACAUCUACCUCUUUCUUACUGUUAGCAUAUGCCAAAUACUUGACUUCUUCACAUACAGUUGUUAACUGUGGUGGAACCACAGUAACACCAAACAUGCUCAGAAGAAUUGCCAAGAAACAGGUGGAUUACUUGCUAGGAGAUAACCCUUUGAAGAUGUCCUACUCACAAUCCCCUAAUCCUAACAUUCUUGUAGGUGCUAUUGUUGGUGGACCUGAUCUUCAUGAUAGGUUCCCUGAUCAACGGUCAGAUUAUGAACAAUCUGAGCCAGCUACUUAUAUCAAUGCACCACUUGUUGGAACUCUAGCUUAUCUUGCACACUCAUUUGGUCAACUCUAGAAAGAGACUAUUGUGUCCGGGUUUUCGAGAAUUACUUGCAUGUUUCCCGUGUUUUAAGAACAUUUACAACUAUCCAUUUUCAUUUCUGAUGUUUAAAAGUUAUAUAAAAAUCAAUAAUGGGUAGUUGUAAAUGCUCUUAAAAUACGCAUUGAAUAUGUUUCAAGUGCAUACAAGUAUUUCUACAAUGUCUUCAAUUUAUUUUGGUGUACCUUAUGUAUUAAUUAUCACUAAUUUGGGUAGUUUGUGUUUCUUAGGUCACCCCUAAGCCUUAUAGUUACUAGUUUAACAUAUUGCUGUGAGUAAAUUUGUGCCAGAAAAAAGGGAUUAAGUUUGUAGGGAAGGUAAGCUUGUAUGCUAAAUGUGGCAAUGGUGGUGUUCAACUUAUUAAGAACUUUAAACUAAGUAAUCACUAUAAAUGUGUUUGAUUUUACCUUCA